GUAAUCCUAAAGUGCAAAAUUAACAACCAGUCCAGGUGAUCUGUAUUUGUGAUCGGCGGUGAUCGGCCCUCGUGUGUAAUUGAUAACGGAAUUGGCAGCAAAAAGUCUAAUUGGAGGAUCCCUGGGACUACCAUUGGCCUUUUUUGUCUCCUUCUCUCUCCCUUUCCCAAUAAGAGGCUAUAUUCUUUUUGGGCAACUGUGGCUGUGACCUUGCAAUCAAAAGGUUGUAGGUUUGAUUCCAGCUUCCUCCUGCCACAUGUCGAUGUGCCCUUGGGCAAGGCACUUAACCCCAAAUUGCCUACCGAUCUGCGUAUCGGUGUAUAAAUAUAUGAGCGUUAGAGUGCGAAGGGGUGAAUGUGACUCUAGUGUAAAGCGCUUUGAGUGGUCAAAAUGACUGGAAAAGCACUACAUUUAUAUGUUACAUUCUGGUGCGAAAUAUAAAAGUUUAUGUCUGCCACAGAUGGUUUGAACUUCCUCCUCCUCUCUGCAUCCACAAUGCCUCCUUAUCAACUUCUCUAAGAGUUCUGGCUUCAGUUGUGGUAUUUUUUUCAGCUUUUCCAAUUUUAAUCAAUGGCUGCACAUCAUAAGAAAGUAACAAUGAAUGAGAAAAUAUUGCCAAAAAUCAGUCAAACUACGCAAUGUCCAAAGCAAGAAGUAACAAUUGUCCAAACAAAGCUAUGUUCCCCCAGAAAGGCAGGAAUGAAAGUUUGAAAAAGAAAAAAUCUCAAUACAGCUACUGCCACCCUGAGCACUCCCCUGAGCACAGGUACUUUUAAAGGGAGUUUCCAAAACUUAUUAGUAGUGAUGCUCUUCUCUGUUGGCAGGUUUGGCAUCGCCCUGGUGAUCCUGUUAUACAGAUUUUUGUCCCAAGUGAUCUGCAAAAGUGUUGUGUCUGACACCAUAUAUAAGCAUUCAGCAGUGACAGGAGGACUAAAUACUGGAUCUCCAAUUACUUUCCCAGAGGAGGAUGAGGACCCCAGAGUGUCUGAAGACACCACUUCCCCAAAAGGGAUUUGGGGUUUUUUAAAGGGAGUAGCAGGUAAUCCCGUGGUAAAGAACGUCAUAAAUAAAACCAAACACUCAGUAGAGUCCAUGAUCACUACUCUGGACCCUGGCAUGGCACCAUACAUCAAGUCAGGUGGAGACAUUGACAUUGUAGUGGCUUCUGAUAAGGACAUGAGCGUGCAAGCUGUCAGAGAGGCCUUCCAGGAGGUUUUUGGGAUGGCAACGGUCACUGGAGAGCCAAGUCAGUCCAACAUUGCCCCUCAGCCAGUGGGCUAUGCAGCUGGAGCUAAGGGUGCUCAAGAACGCAUUGAUGGCUUGCGUCGAGCUGGUGUGAUUCAUGAGAAGCAGCCUGUAGUCGCUUUGGAAAACUUCAUAGCUGAACUUUUUCCAGAGAAGUGGUUUGAUAUUGGCUGUUUAAUCUUGGAAGACCCUGGUCAUGGCAUCUGCUUGGAGGUCUUCACACAGGCAACUCCUCUGACACUGGAUCACAUCCAGCAGGCUCAUUCCCUUACACCACCUGACUACAGCCUGCGUUGGUCCGGCCUGGUUGUUACAGUGGGAGAGAUCUUGGAGCGCAGUCUGCCAAACAUCAGCAGAACAGAUUGGCACAAGUCUGUAACAGGAUUAAGCCAUCAUCAUAUAAUCCAGUGUGCAGCCAAAGUUCUUGCUGGACUUUACAAACAGCAGCUGCUUCCCUGGACUGAGUGAGGCUGACUGGUAACAGAUUCCAUAGGGACACAGAAACGGCCAUGAAAGCUACCGUUCUACUUUUGGAUUAGAUGUAUCCAUUUGUGCCCACUGAGAUUUUCUAAGUGUGUUUUUCAAUGCAGCGAGAUAAAGUCUUGUUUUUCUGCAUUGCGUUAUGAAAAGGUUCCCCCUAUAUUCUGACAUUGUAUUAAUUUCUUUUACUCAUUAAUGCAUGUCAUUGGCCGACUUUCCUGUGGUAGCACAGAAAGUAUUGCAUGCUGGGUCUGUCUUGUAUUUUCAAGGCAUAGCCCCAGUAUCCUUACAAAACAAUAAUUUUCAAAUGUAAAUACAAAGCUGAAUUUCUCCUACAGUUGUUGUUGAAUGGAAAAUAAAUCUUCUUUUUUAUUUUCUGCAG